AUGGGGUCCAGGGGAAAGCCGGAACUUAGUGACAACGUUCAGCUCUGGUAUCACCCACCACAGCCUGCACAGACAUACAAUCAGGCUCCAGCCCCAGACAGAUUUUUUUGUCAUGCCCUUUUGCUGUGGAUGCCGUAUAAGCUGUUGAAGGUCAAGGUUCUCUGUCCCAAUCCUGCCUGUGGACAGCAUCAACUGACAGGAGGCGGUUUGCAUAAAAGGGCACAGCAAGUUCAUGACAUUGACAGGAUGUACAACAUGGUCACAGAAACCCUCAUCUGUAAGAAGUGUAAAGCUUCUCACGUGUCCUGGAGUCAGACUGUCCUGCAACAGCUGGAUCUGGGUCAUCGCUCUGAGUUUCGGAUCAUCCUCACGCAGAAACUCUUGCGUGAACGUGGCCUAGGCAACAGCCCCACGCGUGUUAUUAAACAGCUGCGUGAGAACCACAGCGAGGAGUGGCUCCAGCGUCUGGCCCGGUACACCACCCAGUGCAUGGACUUCAUCAACUGCCCUGGGGUGUUGCCAAUGCAGUUCCAAGAACCUCCUGAGCCUACAGUGUUGCCGAGCGUCAAGUGGCUUCUCACUGUCUACAGCCAAGACAUCCUGACAAGGCUGGAUCCACACAUGAUCACCAAGAAGCUGGCUGGGACAGCGAGGGGAACAGAACUCUGGCUCACCUCUGUUGGCAAUGAGUUUGGUCAGGUGCUCAUGAGUGUGUUGACAGCCCAGGAAGGAGCAGGACUGGACAUGAUGAUAGAUGGUCUGGUGAAAAGAUACCAGCAGGCUGGUGUGGAUCCACCUGCUGUGUUGUAUGUUGACUGUGGGUGCUGCACUGAGGUGGGGGAAACCAAGCUGAAAACCAGGUUCAGAGGAUGGCCAGAUCUCUUAAUAAGGCUGGACAUCUGGCAUUUCAUGCGCAGGAUUGCUGUGGGCUGUACAACUGAUGCCCAUCAGCUUUAUCCUAUAUUCAUGGCACGACUGUCUGCAUGCAUCUUUGAAUGGGAUGCUGCUGAUGUUGCUGUGCUACGCAGAGCCAAGAAAGAGCUGCUGGUGUCCCAGGGUUGGCCUGUACUGACAGAUGAAGUUGUCAGUAAACAUCUUUCCAAACAGGAGCUGGCUCUGCAUUGUCGGAGGAGGACCCGUGGAGAGGAGACUACCAUUCUUCUCCUUGAGCGACUGCUAACAGAGCUCAUGACCAGCAAUGGCAGUGACUCUAUGGGUGUUCCUCUUCUGGACAGAGAAAGGAUGGAGCACAUCUGGAGUGUCCAGAAGAAGCAUGUCAAAUGCAUCCAGGACCCACCCGGUGUAGCCCUCUAUACUGAGAUGGGGACCUUAACCAAGGGAGGUCUGCUUCUGAAGACAUACCGAUCUGCCAGAGGAUCCACAUCUCUAGAGUCCUUUCAUUUACAUUUAAACCGUUUUAUCCCAGGUACCAGUGCCAACAGUCUUAACUUUCAGAUUUAUCUGCUGGAGGGACUAAACAGGUGGAAUCAGGACCGGGAGGCUGCUUCCUUGUCAUCAGGACCAUCAGCUUUGUGCAGCUACACCGGAGAACUUAUUUACUGCGUAAACAGAAAUUAUGAAAAGCUGUUUGGCAAGAAAGUGGUCCCCACAUUUCAUCCACCUUCAUGUUACACUGGUGAACUUAUUGGAGUGCAGUAUUUAUUCCAGCAGACUGGUCGGGCACUGCAGGACAUGAACCCAGACUCUGAGCAGAUGGCAGAGCUUAUAGAGGAACUUGAUGUGGAGGAGAGGGAGGAAGAUGAAGGGUCCUUUGACAUCAAUGAGGAUCACACAAUAAGAGAUCCAGAGGCUGUUCUGUCACCGCCCUUCACCAUGACAACGAGUCCCUCUACCUUGGUUGCAAGCAGUGCCACAUCUAUCCAGGCCUCCAUAUGUACUUCACUGGUUCUUCUGACACGUGACCCCUCACAGUCUCCAACUGCUCUCUCACCUGUUCACGUGGAGCCUGGAGAUACUGGUCAGGAUGAUGAUGAUGAUGAUGAAAUGGCUGUUGACUCCCAGAACGUGCCAGGAUUCCAGCAUGUGGACAGGCUGGCAGAAUAUCUGGUCGAGCUUCGGAAAUGCACAGCCCUCAGCCUGACUAACCAGGAAGCAGAAACAAUUAUUGGACUUUGGCAAAACCUGGAUGCCUUUGACAAGUGGCGGGUGGUGUAUCGACCUCGAUUUAAGAAGAGACUGCUGACUGGACGCUUCAGAACACCAAAGACGCCCACUCGCACCCCUGGAGUAGAGAGCACCACCAGAUGCGUGCUAGGUGCAAGCAGCGCACCUGCUCAGUGGCCUGACUGUUGCCGUCUGGUGGAAACCAUUUUCAUCAGGCUAUGCACAUAA